AUGAUUUGCAAUGUGGUAAUCUGGAGACGAAGUUUAUGGAAAUCUAAAUUUACAUACAUGAUCUGUACCUUUCCACAAAUUCUCUUUUACUCCUCUACGACUAGGCAGGAAUUUGGUCGACAAUUCGAAGAGAUCGCAGCUGAAAGUUUGCGGAAAUUUUCGUUUGAUGUCGCUGUUUGUGGUGGGCCAAAGGACAGAGGCAUUGAUUUUAAAGGUUUUUGGCAUUUGAAAUCCACGUCUGUUCCUAUAAUAGGCCAGUGUAGAAGGUACAAAAGGCGUCUAGGUCCUAAACAUGUUCGUGAAUUGGAAGGUACCUUGACCCAUGAAGUGAAUGGAACUUUGGGUAUCAUUGUUUCAGAGUCUGGGUGAGUAACUGAAUGAUUGAGGCUAUUCUAUUUAACAUCCAUUUCCUUUUAUAAAUGAGAUUCUCUGGGAGCAGAUUCAAAAGUGAGUUCUGAGGGUGGUGGCCAGCGUGUGGACUUUGAUCUUUGGAGAUUCGCUGAUCAUGAGGGCUAUGAGCAAAACUGGGCUAUUUCUAAGGGGGGUACUGGGUCGAUAUAUUUUAUCCUUUAUUCCUUUAGAGGCCAUGUCAACUGUUAAUUUACCUCAUCCGCAGAAGGGCAGGAGGGGGCGGGGGAGUGUGGCUAUUAUAGAAGAUUAUAGAAUACCUGUUCACUUACAUUUAACCUCAGAAAGCUGCCACGGCAGUCCCACAGUAGUCUAUAAUCUACAUAUGAUUUUUAACAAUUUGUUUUUGCCUGUCAUAAUCUGCUAAAAGCCUACCCUGCUAACAGAUGACGUUUCUCUCUUGAAUGGCCUUUAGCAUUUUAUGAAGUCAUUUACGUUGCUUGUCUGUCACUGUCUAGUUUUUUUUUUUUUAUAUACCACGGGGGCAUAUAAAACAAACCAACUGCAUAACUGACAACCUACUCAAAUGACUUUGAAUAUACACUAAAGCCAUGCAAGAAAAGAAACCUCUGCUCACAGGGUACCAUCCUCGGAGACCCAGGGGCAGAUAGUGGGGGCGAGGGAAAGUCUAAACAGGCGGAAAAAUAUGGCACGAAGAAAAGUAAAGAACGGCGAGAAGAGCCCCUGGAGACAAUGUCUUACCAGACCAGUUCCAAACGGUCGCCGCCAUUCUGGCUUCUGAUUGGCCAGAAAAACACAAACGUUUUCUGGCAUCAAUCAGCAGCCAGAACGGCUGUGACUGUUUGGAACUGGUCUGGUAAGACAUUGUCCCCAGGGGCUCUUGUUACCGUUCUUUACUUUUCUUCGUGCCAUAUUUUUCCGCCCAUUUAGACUUUCCCUUGCCCCCACUAUCUGCUCCUGGGUCUCCGAGGAUGGGUACAAAAAGCCCUAUAAGUUGAUAAUUAUCUAACCAACCCUGAGCUUAAAUAAAGUAGUAGUCAUCUACAAAUAAUUUUGUUUCUCUUAUACUGUAUAUGACUCAAGAAACUGACAUGGUAGACAAGGCCAGGCCUUAAUAGAUUUGAUUGGGGAGUUACUGCUUUCAAUUGAAAUCCAACGUUUGGGGUAAGGGAGUGUUAAAAUGAGAAAACCUUUGUCACAGAUAACCACUGUAUUGGGAACACUGCUUGAUUUAUAAUCAUAUUUUCGAUGAUUUUUACAUGUUUCUCCUUAUCCCAUGUCCAACAUGAUAACAUCAUUGUAGAUUUAAAUUAUGGAAAUUAGCAUGCAUUGGCCACCUGAUCUAAUCCACCAAAAGAGAGAUUUCAUACCAAAAUAAGUGUUUCUUCCUUUACAUGAUACUGUUAACCAUUACAAGAUUUUGUAUUGGGAUGAAUUAAUGUUACUGUAGCUGCUGAAGCAAUUUCAGGGGUAAAUUCUUUCUUGGCAGUUUAACUUAUUUUAUAUGUGAUAUGUUCUCAUAGUAUCUUGUUACACCUCCAUUGUUUUUACUGACCUUUUUUGUUUUGAGCAUUUAAUUUGUAUUUUGUUGACAAUUUUUGUUGUGCUACAUAUUAAACAUCUCAAAGACUAAAAUAUUUUCCUCUCUCCACCUAAAGUUGGUGCUAUAUCAAAUUCUUGCAGCGUCCACUCAUUUCUGUCUCUGUCCUUCAGGAGGCCCAUGGUAGAGAGGGACAGAUAUGCUACGCUGUGGAGUUGUGGCCUUUCUUACAGUAUUACUUUAAAAUUUGUGAAUCAGGGUCGGCCAGGGGGGGUAGUGGAAUACCAAAAUACCUGAAUUAAGACUUCCAAUAUACCAAAAAUUAUACUAAAACUAGUGUAAAAUAAAACCCUGGUGGACCCUGGUGAAUCAUCAACAUAAUAGUGAUAUUAAACUCAGCAUUAAAUGUGAUUUAUUAUUCAUUCAAAGUAUUUCUCUGUUUCUGAGUGGCUAAAAAGCACACACGUAAUUCACCAAAACCAGCUACUGUUGACCAAAUUUGGAAGAAUUUUGUGAUUAAUCAACCGAUAACGUCAAAAGUGCAGCACAGUUACAGGUUAAUGCACUGUUAACUGAAAACACCUGGGGACGAGGUUGAGCUGUUGUGGUUGUGAAAAGAAAAAUGGCCAAAUAGUCGGCGGAACAUUUUACUUGUUUCACGACGAACUAUCUAUUUCUUAAUAGUUCGUAUGUCUAAAAACAUAGCAAGAAGACAACUCGACAGGCAACAUCAGUUUUGAAUGAAUAAUAAAGCAAUAAUAUAAUGAAUUUGGCUUUCGCAGGCUAUAAAGAAUUACACAUAUCUCAGAGGGUAUUAUCCACCGAGGAUGAACACCCUCCUCGAUCUGCAUAAUUCUUCAUAUCCUACUCAGCCUCAUUCAUUAAUUGCUAAAAGUACUUUGAAUUAGUUGAUGGUAAAAGUAAAUAGGAUUUCAAACAUUCUUUUGUUAUCAGAGUUUAAGUGUAUUGCCAAAAUUGAUAUUUUGUUAAUAAUUACAGGUUCAGCAAGGAUGCUUAUGGUGUUUUCAAGGGCUCUCUGUACCCAAUUGCCUUUAGCAUUUUAAAAGGCUUCAGUGAUGACCUGCUACGAUGGUAUUCUGAUGAACAGAGUGAUGAAACAUUCAUUGGGGAUAAAACUCAAAUUUCGACAAGGGGAGAAUCCUUCCAACAAGUACAAUAUAAAAAAGCUGACAUUCAUUUGCCAGGAGAAUCUGAAUGUACUGAUGAUCUUAAAAUUUUCUUUGUGGGAAAGCAUGAUAAAGAAGUGCUGUUGAGUGUAGAUAGCUCACUUUCUGGGUGUAGUAAAAGAGUAUUCAGUUGGAAACACAUGCGUACAAACUUGGACCAACAAGAUACCUUGAACAAUGACAGAAAUUCUGUUGGAGGCAAUGUGAUUAAUGUGCAUUCACAUACAAGUAAUUUUGCUGACAACAGUGAUCAUUUUAAACAGCUGAGAAGUUCUAAUAUUUCUGAAAUGGGAACAGGUGUAUUCACCAUGUUUGAGCUGAAUCCGUCUGCUCAGAAACUCUUGCCACAUGUUGUGGUGGGUUUGAAGUACAGAAGGCACAAUUUCAAUGCUCCUGAACUCUUUAUUAAAGAAGAAGAUUAAACCAAACUAUUUUUACUAAUUUAUCAACUGUUUUCACUAGAACUGUGGGUUAAUUAUUUGGAAGUUUAAUUAGUAUUCACUGGAUUUCUUUUGGCAUCCUGUCACGAUAGAAAUUAUUUGUUAAUGCAUUUUACAGUGCCGUCGCAAGGUUAGAUUUAUUGGAGGGGAGCCAAUCACGAGCGCGGAAGGCACAAGCUGCUAGGGGGGUCCAGUCGGUCUCUGAAAUAGCAUUUUCAGCCUUCCAAGAGCGUUAAUUUCCCAUUUAAGAACUGUACUUUGUUUAAUACCUGCUUAAUUUUUCUUUGCUGAAGCCAUAAAUAAAUAAUUUUCAGGCUUUGUCGAACUGAUUAGAAAUGAACACAUUGAACGAAAGAGCAGUGUGAAGAGCGUGACCUCUGACCCAAUUAAAAGUGCCUGUCAAAAUUAUUGGCAGGGGAGGGCCAGGCCCCCCCGGCCCCUUCCGAUGCUACAGCACUGUAUUAAACUGCACUUUGUUGCAUGAUAACAUCUUUGUUUACAUGAACUUAUUUUUGAGCAAUCAACUGACAUUUAAGACACUUAUAGUAAAAAAUGAAACAUCAAUUAUUUUUUCUGAAGACUUGGAGCUCUUCCCAGUUGUCUUGCAGGCCACUGGUAUGUCAUCAAGUUGCAUAUGAUAUGCAUGUGCUGGCAUUGUCGUUUGGAUGCAUGCCAUCAAAACCUGGACAGGAUUGAUGAAAUGAAACACUUACCAGGGGCAUGAAUUUGAAAAACCUUUCGCUGUUGUUGUUAUUUUCUUGAAGGCGCAUGACUCCUGAUGUUAAUGUCUCAUUACUUAUACAGCCUAUAAAAAUGUCUCAGUACGGUUUGUGUUCUGAAAGUUAGUAAAAGCAAUGAUCAUUUUCCAUGUACGCCUUAAUCUUUGCUGUCUGUACAGUUGUGAUUUUGUAAUCUCGGAGAACAAUAUUUAGCUUUUAUACAACACAGCAUGCAUUCUUUUAAAAUGCCCAUUUUUGACAGUUUUUUCAUAUUUAUCAUGCUAGCCCUAGUCUGUACAGUUGUGAUUUUGUAAUCUCAGAGAACAAUAUUUAGCUUUUUAUACUACACAGCAUGCAUUCUUUAAAAACGUCCAUUUUUGACUGUUUUUCGUAUUUAUCAUGCCUUUGGUUAAAAACGAUUUAAUCCUGUGUGUUUAUUGUCGGUGUUUUGCUCCAUCAUUCUAUAAUCAGAUAACCAAGACUAGCUGGUCUUUUUAACAGAUAUAUUUAGACCGAGGAUUUAAAUGUACAACACUCUGGCAUGCUUUGUUUGUGCGAGGUCAAUUGUUUCUGUCAAAAGUUUUGACAGAUCAGUCCUCGGCCACCAGGAUGGAGGGUGGGAAAUAAUUUUCAUGGGCCUCUCAGGAAGGCGCUUGCCUCCCUCCUACACCCCAUUCUGUCUUCCAAGUGCCUGCUAUGUAGCGGUAACUCUUAUUAUUGGCAGAUUGCAAACACCUCUGUGUUAAGUAUGUGUAUCUUUAUUGGCUGUCUUUAAUACUAGCAGGUCUUAUGCAAGUAACUAUGUUUGGAAGGAGGGGCAGGGAGGUAUGGGCAUAGGUGUGGCAUUUGAAUGUUUUUGCAUUUUUCUGGUC